AACACCGUUCUCUAUGGUCGUUGUUUACGUCAGUGCGAAUUUGCAAUAUAAAAUUGACGAAAAUUCUUAUUAAUUCCAACUAAAAUGUGAAAAAUACAUCACAAUUCUUCGUCAAAACACUAAAUAUUGACAUAAUAUCCAUUUAUUUUAUCUAAGCUUGUGUUAAAAGUAGAAAUUAGUGACAUAACCUAUAAGUGCGUAGUUUUGUGUGAAUUUUGUGAUUAUCAUGGCUUUACAGCUUUCUAGGCGGGAGGUUGAGGACCUUAGGUCUUCCCUCGACCGCGCAAUAUACAGGACUAUCGGAAAAUCCGAUAGUUCGCUGCUAUCUACCGUUUCAUCAUGUCUCUCUAGUGGCUAUGAACGCAGAAAAAUAAUCGACAAGAUAUCGGCUCACAUCGAUUCAAAGAAAGCAAGUAAACUCGCAGACAAAGUCAUCGCUUUAGCCCAAGAGCUGAUCUCCAGCUCCAAGUCUCAAAAACGCAAGCAUGACUCUGGUGACAGAGACAAGGAGGUGAAGCGUUCCCGCCAUGAUGAUGAGAAGGAGUCGAAAGAUGAUAGGAAAGAAGAGAAGAAGAAUGGAGUUGAUGUGCCCUCUGUGCUGCCUGAGGGGGAGACGGUGGGGUCUAAGAUGGCUGUGCUGAGUGCUGAUCGGAUUAAGCUAAUGAUGGCCAACGCCCAAAAAGAGAUCGAAGAACGCAAACGUGCCCUCCUAGCCAUGAAAGGAGACAAGAGUGGAGUGAGUGCAGCCGCUGCAGCAGCCCAACAGUUGAAGGUCCAAGUGCAGCAGACCAGCUCCAUUGCACCGCCCAGCGUCAUUAAACCUGUGCUGUAUUCUAAGCCUGUUGGGAACGCUCUCAGUCAGGAAGAGUUGGAGAAGCAGAGGAAGAUAGCUGAACUGCAGGCCAGGAUACAGAGGAAAUUGGCUGGUGGCGCGUUGAGCAGCACAGCAGGCAGUGGUCCCGCCCCCCUCAUCCUGGACCGAGAAGGUCGCACCGUGGACACCAGCGGCAAGAGAGUGCAGCUCACUCAUGUUGCUCCUACCUUGAAGGCGAACAUCCGCGCCCUCCGCCGCGAGGAGUUCCGCGCGCAGCUGUCGGACACCGGCGCGCCCGACGCCGCCGCGCGCUGGCACGACGCGCGCGUGCCGCUCCGCCCCCACGCCCGUCUGCGCCGCCCCCUGCGCUUCCACGAGCCCGGCCGCUUCGUGCAGCUCGCGGAGCGGCUCAGGAUGAAGGCUCAACUGGAGAAGCUACAAAACGAGAUAUCCCAAAUAGCUCGCAAGACUGGUAUCUCGUCGGCGACUAAGCUCGCUCUUCUCGCCGCUGACACGCCCGACUCUGAUAGAGUGCCUGAUAUCGAGUGGUGGGACAGCGUGAUCCUAAUGACGCCCGAAGAACGCGAACACAAACGUCAGACGUCAGACGCGACAUCAGAACAGUCUGACACGUCAGACGCGCGGACACACUCGCAGAGAGUGGAUGCCUGUCAUGUGGGGGAGGAUAAUAUUGUGGACAAUUUAAAUGAAGCCGCUAUUACUAACUUGGUUGAACAUCCACAGCAGUUGAGGCCUCCGACGGAACCUCUAAAACCGACAUACAUGCCAGUGUUUCUGACAAAGAAAGAAAGAAAGAAACUCCGCCGUCAAAGCCGUCGGGAGGCAUGGAAAGAGGAGCAGGAGAAAGUCAGACUCGGGUUAGAAGCACCUCCGGAGCCUAAACUAAGGAUAUCCAAUUUAAUGAGGGCUCUAGGUACCGAAGCGGUGCAAGACCCGACCGCUAUCGAGGCGAAAGUUCGAGAGCAAAUAGCGAAGCGACAGAAAACGCAUCUCGAAGCCAACAAAGCGAGAGCUCUCACUAAAGACCAGAAAAGAGAAAAGGUGGAUAGGAAAAUAAGAGAAGAUACAUCUAUGGGAGUACAUGUCGCUGUUUACAGAGUGAAAGACCUAUUCGAGUGUGCAUCAGCGAAGUUCAAGGUGGAAGCCAACGCCUGUCAGCUGCACAUGACGGGCACCGUGGCGCUGCACCGCGGCUGCUGCGUCGUGGUCGUCGAGGGAGGCCCCAAGCAGCACAACAAGUAUAAGAGACUGAUGCUACACCGCAUCAAGUGGGAAGAAGACAUUGUGAAGGACGCGGACGGCAGCGAGGUGCCCAACUCCUGCGCCCUCGUCUGGGAGGGCACCGUCAAGCAGAGGGCCUUCGGAGACAUCAAGUUUAAGGUAUUCGCGAUCGAGAAGCAAGCUCGAGCACAUUUCCAGUCCCAUCGCGUAGAACAAUACUGGGACUUAGCCUAUAGCGGCGCCGUUCUCAGCAAUGCCGACUAACUAACUACAUACAAUAAAACAUUCGUUCUUAA